UUCUUAGUUUAAUCGAUCGUGAACGUAAUGGAGAACUAGUCAAUUCACAGCAUAUAAUUGGUGUUCAAGAAUCCUUUGUUGAUUUAAGCAUUGUUGGAAACCUCAAUUAUGCUGAACAAUUUGAAGAGCAAUACAUUACGUUUACUGAACAAUUUUAUUCUUCGCGGACUUCGCAAAUAUUGGCAGAAAAUGGAGUUUUGGCUUAUAUGGUUUAUGUUGAUGAAAAAUUGGUUGAAGAAGAGGAAAGGGCCAAAAAAUAUUUGGAUGGGGAAACCGAUGGAAAAUCAAAGGGAAAGUUGAUGGAAAAAUGUGUUCAAGUAUUAAUUAUCAAUUAUCAAGACCAAAUAUUAGCUGAAGCUCCAGGACUCAUUAAAAGUGGACAAAUUGAUCGUUUACAAAUUCUUUAUCGCCUAAUAAAUCGAACUUUGGAUGGAAUUCCAACAUUACUAGAUGCUUUACGUUCACAUAUUUGUGAAGAAGGAUUAGCUGCGAUGAAAGCACAUGCGGCUGAAAUAUGCACAGAUAGUGAAAGAUAUGUCCAUCAAUUAUUAGAACAAUACACUCGAUUCUCAACAUUAAUGCGUGAUGCAUUUGCCAAUGAUGCCCGUUUCCUCACUAUACGAGACCAAGCAUUUAGAGAAGUUGUAAAUAAUACCGAUGUUUUUCGACUUGAAUUGGGAGGGAAUGGAGGUGGAAAAAGAAGUGGAAAACCCCAAAAUACCGAGUCAAAAUGCCCAGAAUUAUUAGCAAAUUAUUGUGAUUUAUUACUAAGAAAAUCAGCUUUAACAAAGCGUUAUACUUGUGAUGAAAUUGAUGAAAGGCUUAAUAAUGUGUUGCUAGUCCUCAAAUAUGUCCAAGCAAAAGACGUUUUUAUGCGUUAUCACAAAACCCAUUUAAGUAGAAGAUUAAUUUUAGAAUUGGUUGCGGAUCAAGAAAAGGAAGAAAUGCUGGUUAAUAAAUUUAGGGAAGUUGGAAUGCCCGUAGACUUUGUAAAUAAAUUAUUUCGAAUGCUGCAGGAUAUUGAAGUUAAUAAAGAUUUAAAUGCUGCAUUUAAACAGUCUGUUUCGCUUAAUGAAAAUUGUUCGGAGAUGGCAGACUGUGUAAACAUAAAAAUCCUCAAUGCUGGUGCUUGGUCUCGUAAUAGAGAAACUAUUCAUUUAACAUUACCUCGAGAAUUGGAAGAUUUAUUGCCUGAAUUAUUUUUUACAAAUGAAAUUGGAAAAUUUGAAUUGGAAGUAACUACUCAACAAAUGGCUGUCCUUUUCUGUUGGAAUGAUAGACCUAUGGAUAGGCUUACAUUUGAUUCUAUACGGUUAGCUACAGAAUUGUCUGAAACUGAAUUAAUUAAAACACUUUUGUCACUAGUCGCUUUCCCAAAAACUCGUCAUCAAUUAAUUUUAUGUGAUGCUACACAACCUAUCUUGCCAAAAAGUUUUGGGAAAAUUACACAAUUUUGGGUUAAUCAACAUUUUUGUUUAAUAAAGAAUGAUAAACCACAAACUCGAGGAAAAUUAAAUUUAAUUGGUCGUCUUCAAUUAAAUCAAGAACAAGGUGUUGAACAAGAACAUGAAGAAAUUUUACAAUUGAGAAAGUUUAGAGUACAAGAAGCUAUUGUAAAAAUAAUGAAAACAAGAAAACGUUUUACUCAGGCCCAAUUGCAAACAGAACUUGUCGACGUUCUCAAAAAUAUGUUUUUGCCUUCUCGUAAAUUAAUUAAAGAACAAAUUGAAUGGUUAAUUGAACAAAAAUUUUUGGGUCGUGACCCGGUGGAUAUGAACACUUUUGUUUAUAUUACGUGA